CCCAUGGAAGGGAAGGGGAGAAAACAGCCCUUGAAAGGGAUCAGGGCCAGGACAGGAAUGGGGCAGGAGGUGCGGGUAGCCUGCUGGGCACUGGGAGCAGGGGGCGGCCAAAGGCAGUGGGUUGGCAGAUCCAUGCCUCCCCUGGCCCGCCAGCUCUGCAGGGCAGCAUUCCUGGUUGCCAUCUUGCUGCUGCUGCAGGUGAAGCCUGUGAAGGGGAGCCCAGGCCCCAAAGACAGGAGCCAGACAGAGAAAACAACCUUUGCUGAGCAGAAUCAAGAAGAGUUCGAAGAGCACUUUGUGGCCUCCUCAGUGGGGGAGAUGUGGCAGGCGGUGGACAUGGUCCAGCAAGAAGACGACGAGACGUCCGAGACGGCCGCUGUUCACCACCACCCUUUUCACCUCGGCUUCUGCUUUAGUCUGGCCAGCCUCACGGUUUCCUUGGGAGGGCCAUUGAGGCUGCCAGUGAGUUAGCCUGUUUCCUGGAUAUCUACCUCUGCUUCACGCUCACUAGCUGACCCCCUCCCCCCACAGGCUCCAGCUCACAACUCCCAGAGGCGAUGCAGGCAUGGCUCUCUGCCUCUCAUCACCAUCACUGUACCUCAGGGUUCAGCAGGAGAGACACCAGUUGCCGGCAAUGCCAACUGACUGCCUCCCUGGGCUCAGAGUUUCAUCUCCCGGGACCAGAGACAGCAGACCCACGUCCUCCUCUCCCACAGCUCCCCUGCUUUUGUUCAGGACAGCAGAUUAGCAGGAAGAGGCAAUGACAAUCAAAUAGCAAUAAAAUCCUGAGAAAAUUGGGA